UACACCAUGAUAACCGGGUACUUGUCAUACAAAUACAGGAUAUUUAAUACGUACAUGUUGACCAAUAUUUCAGACUGGGAAGAUUAGUUAUGUUAAACGUUUCGGUUGUUUAAAAUAUACAACUGCCGUUGACAACUGAACAAGUACCUCACAAAGACGCAAUAUGGCUCGAAUGGUAGCUGCCCACGAGCGAAUGAGAACGGAGGAAGAAAAGGCAAUUCAGCUGAACGCCCUUGUUAUCGAAAAUGAGGUGGAAGCGAGGGAUUUGACGAGCCACCUAUUCUCUCUUCACAUCAUCGACAGCAGAGACAAAUUUGAAAUUCAUUCUGGCAGAACACGUUUAGAACGAAUCAGGAGACUGUUGGACAUUUUGGUGUUGAGGGGGCCCGAUGCUUUCGGCGAAUUCGUCAUCUCUCUUGAACUCAGUGGUUACGGUCAUGUGGCUGCAAUACUGCGGGGAGGGAACGUGGAUCGGCAGUCAAGUUUUGAAACCGAGUCCAGCGAUAGUGACUUCAUCAAUACAGGAGGUAAUGUUGACGCAAGAUUGCGAAAGAUCGAAAACGCCUGGGACAUUCUGAGCCGCAGGCUCACGAAGAUCGAAAGCAAAGUGAUGCUGACCACGGAGGUACCCGAAGAUGAACUGUCUGCAAUCAAAAUGGACCUAGAAGAAGUAAAGGAAGACACGUUACGCCAGGUCGCCGAAUUGGCGUACGCUAACGAAGAGAAGGAUGUGAAAAUCCGCAUUCUGUCCGAAGAGGUGGCCCAGAAGAACAAGCAACUCCAGGACGCCGAACGGAAGAUCGGUCUGCUGGAGAAACGCAUCCACGAGCUGGAACGUCUGCGGGAGGAAGCCAAUAUGGAGAUCAACGCUCUGAGAGACAAGCUGGACGACCACGUGGAGCAGCUUUAUGGCCAGGAGCAGCAGCUCGUCGACCAGAAGUUCGAGAUAGACGACCAGGCUAUAAAGAUACAGAACCAGGAACAGAAGCUGAAGGCGCACCAGGAACAAAUGGAGAAGAUGCGGCGCGAGAACAAGGACCUUCACGACAUACAGACGGCCGAAUCCGAGCGACAGAAGAUCGUGAUGAGGGAGCUCAGCGAACGUGUCGAUAAGAUCUCCGAGACUCACCUGUCGGCCGCGUUCAUGAGAAACAAGCCGUCGCUCUACGUGAAUGGCCACACGAUGAGAGGAAUGGCGUACAGCGCUGCGCACCACCCCAAGAUCAUCCCCAGAAACCGGUUUCAGUCUCAGAAUCUGGGCCGGGCUGAUGCGUUCAGAAAUAAGAAAAAGUAGCACACAUUUUCGUUGAAACUAUUCUUGGUAUCGGGUGUUAUGCGCACACAUGGUGACAAAUAUGAACCUGAGUUUGACGAUUUCGUAUAUGGUUACUAAAUACAUCUGGUGGUAACUUUAAUGCUAUGUUUAACAGUGUUAAAUCGUCACAUUUUAUAAUUUUUUUUAGCGAAAUACAAAUGUUGAUAAAUUUGAUAUUAUAUUUAACAGCGUUAAGGCUGUCUGUUUUAUGUUUACGAAGUAAAUGCAAUUGUGAUAUAUUUGGUUUUCUGUUUACCACGUAAAUUCGUUUGUAAUAUGUUUGAUACUAUAUAUAUUAUAUAUAUUUGACAGUGUUAAAUUUGUUCAUUUCAUAUGUGUUACUCUAAACACAAACUGUCAGGGAUUGGAUCAUAUGUUUGACAGUGUAAAGACUGUCGGGUUUUUUCUCCUGUGUUUACAAAACACAAAUGGUGAUCAAUUUCAUACUACCUGUAUAUUUUAAAUUGUUAAAGCUAUCCCGUGUUAUCUGUGUUUACGGAACACAAAUGGUAAUAAAUGUGAUACUAUGUUUGUUAAACACAGUGGCUUUAUAUAUUUGUUAUACGAGUAUAAAUGAUGAAAUAUUUAA